AGAACACAAGUCUCUGACUGGUACCGCCCGGUACAUGAGCAUCAACACCCAUCUUGGACGUGAACAGUCUCGUCGAGACGACCUUGAAGCGAUGGGGCAUAUGUUCAUGUAUUUCCUGAGGGGUUCUCUGCCUUGGCAGGGUCUCAAAGCAGAUACUUUGAAGGAACGGUACCAGAAGAUAGGUGAAACCAAGAGAACGACUCCCAUCGAAGCGUUGUGCGAGGGUCAUCCUGAAGAAUUGGCGACCUAUUUAAAAUAUGUUCGUAAGCUAGAUUUCACUGAAACGCCCGAUUAUGAAUAUCUCAGGAAACUGUUUAAGGACUUGUACGUCAAGAAAGGGUAUGCCGAGGACGGAAUAUUUGACUGGACAGAUCGCGUGUCCUGGAUCAACACCGAUGAAAGAAGAGAGUCUUUUAAAGCUGAAACCAAACUAAAAUAA